AUGGCGACCCACAAUUAUUUGAGACUGUGUGAGGCCAACCGCAAACUUCGCCGCAAACUGGCUAUAAUCAGCGAGGAGAAUCACCAGUUGCGAAAUCGAAUUUUACAACUAGAGGUUGCGCUGCACGGACAAGUUGGAGUAUUGUAUCAGGAGCGCACGGAUUAUUACUUACCGGAAGUAGGCAGAAUGCAGCAGCAACCCAAGAAGCUCAUUGCGAAUCCUGGCGGCGUGGCGAGCGACCGCGAUAAAAUCGCAUUUCUUCCGAUCGGUGAGACAAAAAAUUUUGAACAGGACUGUUCUGGUGGCGACGAUAUCCACAAUAAGACGUUCGUAGUUACAUCGACCCCGAAAGAAAACAAGCAAGCUGAACGUCAGAUGCUGAAUAAGCGUUUUUUCGACGAACUCAGGCAGGAAAAUAAGGGUGCUACAGUUUUGUCCGAUAAUCGCCCCAUAAAACCAAUGAGUGAUGCGGAUUAUCGCCGCUAUUUUCUUCCAUCCAACGAGAAAUGCACAUCACAUCGCUAUGGUCACCAAGGAGCUAAGCAUGCCGCACGUGAGCAAAAAGUUCCAGAACGCGAUAUUGGCAGUACCGCUGCUGGUGCUGUGAAUCGAAGAGCGGAAACGAAGACAGACCUGGGUACGACGCAAAAAACUGCUGCUGGCAUUUCGCAGAAGUAUGUUUUUUUAUUUUCAAAAUUUGAUUGCAUCAAUUCCGGACUUCUCGCAGUUUUUUACAAAACUGUUAUCUCUUCGAGUAUUCUGUGGUCACUGAAACAAACCAGGCGAUUUAUAGCACGAUUGACCAAACCAUGA